AUGUCGCAGAUCAUGGCUCCUCUCCCGCCAGAGCGUAUCACACCCUGUCACGCAUUUGCUCGAACUGGGCUAGACUACGCUGGCCCGUUCAAAGCAGUGCAUCUCGAAUUGGCUGGCGAUCUCUCCACCGCUAGCCUUCUCGGAGCCCUCACCCGAUUCAGCGGACGCCGCGGUCGACCCUCGGAGUUAUGGAGUGAUAAUGCAACUCAUUUUCAUCGCGCCGACCUUGAGAUCCGUAAUGCGUUGAACAACGAACGUCUCAACUGGAUCACGAUCUCCGAUCGUCUCGCUGAGGACGGAAUAAAAUGGAGUUUCAGCGGUGAAGUCGUUCAAGGCUCAUUUGAAGCGUACUCUGGGGCCACGGCGAGUCACCUUCGAAGAAAUGUCCACGAUCUUAGUGAGCAUCGAAGCAGUCUUCAACAGUCGUCCCCUGUGUCCAGUGACUAA